AUGGAUAUUCCAAAGAAAGGAAUUAGUAUGGAAGAAGUCAUCGAGUAUCGUGCCCUACAGAAGGCUCGUAGUGGGUUAGAAGAAGAAACAGGAAUAUUUAAUCCCAUACUGUAUGGCAAGCGUCUUUUCCAGCAGUUUGCAGUUGACACAUACAUCAAGAUCGAGAGUUCUCGAUUAGAUUAUAUACGCAACCAUCAAGAUGAUAUUAGGGCAGACCUCUACCAAGGAUUGGUUGAUAGCCUACAUGCAGGUGAAGGCAGAGCAGAAGCUGUUGGAAAGCGGACGGUAAUGCCUUCAUCGUUUAUUGGAGGCCCACGUGACAUGAGGCGUCGGUACAUGGAUGCCAUGGCUCUGGUACGGAGGUUUGUACAAGGCAAGGAUUCAUAUCCAGUUUAUAAACGGCGUGAAGAUGGUCAAAAAGAAAAAGUUCGUGGACACGAGCUUGACAACAGAUGGGUCGUGCCUUACAACCCAUAUCUCCUUCAUCUGUUCAACUGCCACAUCAAUGUUGAGGCAUGUGGAAGCAUCAAGGCGGUCAAAUAUCUGUUUAAGUUUAUUUACAAGGGUCAUGAUCGGGCAUAUAUGGCUAUGAGAGAGGCUGUCAAGGAGGAUAGUGAAACUAAUGUUGAUGAGAUCAAACAGUAUAGGGAUGCUAGAUGGCUACAUCUUCCAGACAUGCACAUGGUGUCAUUUCACCGGCGCCAAGGGAUUCGACGAGUGCUUGAUCGUCCAGGUGCUGACAAGUCAAUGCUUACAGCAUACUUCGAGAAGAAUAGGAUAGCUGAAACCGCUCGAGGUGAGGGGGAGCGUUACUAUCUUAGAGUUCUCCUAAACCACGUGGCAGGUGCAACCUCCUUUGAGUGUCUAAGGACCGUGGAUGGUAAAAUCCUACCGACCUUCCGUGAAGCUGCAGAAAGAAGGGGCUUAAUUGAAGAGGACAACAGGCUAAACGAGAGUCUCACUGAGGCAACUGGAUGGAUGAUGCCAUAUGCACUGCGAAGGCUCUUUGCAACAAUAUUGGUAUUUUGUGAGCCCAGCGAUGUGUUUGGACUGUGGGAGAAACACAAGGAGGCAAUGUCAGAGGACUAUAAGCGCAACAAUCAGUCCACCUUCAUGGUAGAGCAGAUGGUCCUCAUAGAUAUUCAAAAAUUGCUACAGUCAAUGCAGAAGGAUAUAAAGAUGUACCCACUUCCUGGUAUUGACAACACAUAUGACGCCUCUCGUGAUAUUCCUAGAGAGAUUUUUGAGGAGGCAAGCAUUGUGGCUAACGAGGAUGAUGUGGCUAUGUUAGACACACUUAAUGAGGAGCAACGGGCUGCAUACGAUGAGAUUAUGUCGUCAGUUGAUACCAAACACGGGGGUCUCUUCUUUGUGGAUGGUCCAGGCGGGACCGGAAAGACUUAUCUGUACAGAGCACUUACUGCUACUGUACGUAGUCAGAAAAAGAUUGUUGUGGCAACAGCUAUAUCUGGUGUCGCAGCCUCAAUAAUGCCUGGUGGUAGAACCGCUCACUCGCGUUUCAAGAUUCCCCUCACCAUUGAUAAUGGGGCCUUCUGCACCUUCACAAAACAAAGUGGUACCACCAAGCUGCUUCAAGCAUCAUCUCUCAUUAUUUGGGAUGAGGCUAGCAUGACAAAAAGGCAGGCUAUCAAGGCGCUAGACAACAGUCUCCGUGAUGUAAUGGACCGACCAGAGUUGCCGUUUGGAGGGAAGACCAUCGUGUUCGGUGGAGAUUUUAGACAGGUUCUUCCCGUUGUUCGGAGAGGAUCGAGGGCUCAGAUAGUUGGUGCCUCGCUACGGAUGUCGUACCUUUGGGAUUCCAUGCGGCAUCUAAAACUGAUGCGCAACAUGAGGGCAAAGAGGGACCCAUGGUUUGCGGAAUACUUGUUGCGUGUCGAUGGAGGAUCUGAGGAGACGACUGUUGAUGAUGAAAUCCAUCUUCCUCAUGAUAUAUGCAUACCGCACACUGGGAAAGAUAGUGAUCUUGAUACUCUAAUUGACUGCAUAUUCCCUGAUCUCAAUGUGAAUAUGUCAAGCAAAGAUUAUAUCACCUCUCGAGCGAUCUUAUCUACACGGAAUGACUGUGUUGAUAUGAUUAAUAUGAAGAUGAUAGGUCGUUUCCUCGGAGAUGAGAUGGUGUACCAUAGCUUUGACUGUGCAGUAGAUGAUCCACACAACUACUACCCCGAGGAAUUCCUCAAUACUUUGACACCCAAUGGUCUACCUCCACAUGUGUUGAAGCUGAAGAUCGGUUGUCCGGUCAUAUUGCUUAGGAACAUUGACCCUGCGAAUGGACUUUGUAAUGGCACCAGAGUUAUCAUACGGGGGUUCCAAAAGAAUACCAUAGAUGCAGAAAUUGUGUUGGGAGAGCACACUGGAAAGCGGGUUUUUCUGCCUCGCAUACCCUUAUGCCCGUCGGACGAUGAGAUGUUCCCAUUCCAAUUUAAGCGAAAACAAUUCCCUAUUCGGCUCAGCUUUGCGAUGACCAUUAAUAAGGCACAAGGACAGACUAUCCCUAAUGUCGGGGUAUACUUGUCGGAACCAGUAUUCUCGCACGGCCAAUUAUAUGUGGCGCUACCAAGAGCUAUAGCAAGAUCAAACAUUAAAAUCCUAGCUAUGCCGACUGCUGAGAAGGACGUGAAUAAGGGAAAAGAAAAAGGGAAGGGGAAGAAGAAACUGACAAAAGAUAUAUUCACAAAGAAUAUUGUAUAUAAAGAGGUUUUAACUCCAUGA